AUGGCUAGCAAUCCAAGCUUAAAUUUGAAAGAUAACCAGUGGGAAGUGUGCAAUUACAAAAAUGAAAAAAUAAUAAAGUUAGAAAAAGUUGAACUAAACAAUUCUGUAAACAUAUUUAAUUGUGAAAACUCAACAUUUAGUAUUGAAAAUCCAAAAUUUAAAUCAUUACAAAUUCAAAAAUGUGUAAAAUGUAAUAUUGUUUUAAAUAAUUUAAUUUCAUCUAUUGAAAUAAUAGAUUGUAAAAAAAUAAAAAUUCAAGUAUUAGGAAAAUGUUCAUCAAUCUCUAUAGAUAAAUGUGUAGGAGUUGAAAUAUAUUUAUCAAAGGAAAAUACCGAGUCUGAAUUUACUACUGCCUUAUCUUCUGAGAUGAAUGUUCAUUUUGAAAAAGACGGAGAAUGGCAAGAAAUUACUAUCCCAGAACAAUAUCAACAUACCUUAUGUGAAGGAAAAUUAAAUACAAGGGUUUCAGAUUUAUAUAAAUAUUAA